AUGAUGAGCGUGGAUGAAGGCGAUUCAGUUGAGGUCUCCAGAAAGACGAAGACCAAGGGUAGGGGACAACAAAAAACCGAGGACUCAUCUGAGAAUAAGAUGGAUGUUGAUGAAUGUCAGGUCAAGGAUGAAGUUUACAUUCCAGGUCGAUCACGGCCACUUGAAGAUGAUGAAGAGUUAGUUAUGGAUAAAAAUGCGUACACAAUGUUCCUCGAGCUAGAAGUGGAGUCUUCCAGUCUUAGCUUUGAUAUUCUAACCGACAACCUUGGUCCGAGCCGCUGUGUUGAGUUGAAUGGUGCCGCACACAGCGCUUGUAUCAUAGCGGGGACCGAAGCAUCUAAGGGUAAUCAAAAUAAAUUGGUCGUCAUGCGCCUGUGCAACAUGAUUCCAUUCAAAAGAAAGAAUUCUGCUGACGAAAGCGAAUCCGAUUCAGAGAAUGAAAGUGAUUCUUCAGAGGAGGAUUUAGAUGCAGAACCUGAAAUCGAAGCUGCAACUAUCUUACAUCCAGGUACAGUCAACCGAGUUCGAGCCAAGCAGCAUAUGGGUCGGUAUCUAGCUGCGUCAUGGUCAGAAAAUGGAUCGGUUUUCAUAUGGGAUCUGACCAGGCCUCUUACUGCUGUGAAUGAUUCAGCUGUUAUGGCACAGUAUACUCGCCAAAACGAAUCUUCGUUGCCUAUAUUUACAUUUAAGGGUCAUGCUUCAGAAGGCUUUGCCUUGGACUGGAGUCCUCACACUAGUGCUACAGGAUAUCUAGCCACAGGAGAUUGUAGUGGCAGUAUUUUUCACUGGAUACCUCGACCUACUGACUGGGCUGUAUCGAAAAGGCGCAUUUGGGACACACAAAUUCUGUUGAGGAUAUUCAGUGGUCUCCUACAGAACCAACUGUCUUUAUCUCUGUUUCUUCUGAUCAUAGUAUACGGAGGAGAUGAUGGGACUUUGAGAGUAUGGGAUUUGCGACUAAUUCAUAAUCGUUACAGCAAAGGGAAAUCAAAAGGUGCAUCUAUCCCAGCGUACACACAUAUAUUUGACUACCAUAAAAAACCGAUCACAUCAGUGGAAUGGCAUCCGAAUGAUGCUAGCGUUUUUGUGGCUACAUGUGAAGAUGAUCAAGCUAGUUUUUGGGAUAUCACGUUAGAACAGUCUGAACAAGAUGUGAAGCAGUUGAAUGGACCAAGUACAAGUAAUGACAAGGAUGGAGAAGAAGACUUAGAUUUACCAGUUCAAUUGUUAUUUGUUCAUAGUGGCCAAACAGAGUUGAAGGAAGCCCACUGGCAUCCACAAAUACCGGGUUAG